AUGGGUGACGGAGAUGUCCCCCCAUACGUCGGUGAGGUUCCUUUAGAGCUGCCCAUGGGACUUGCCACCACCCAGCCUGUUUCUUCUACGCAAUACGUGAAUCCAACCGAAGAUUGGGAAUCGCGGCCUGGCCGCCCAGCACCUCAGCCGCUACAUCAGCCGCCAGUCGAUACCGGUAAUGGCGGGCUUGGUCAGUCUCGCUAUUGCUGGGAAAGUGUCGCAUUGCCACUACCGCAGAAGGAAGAUUGUUUCCCGGAGGCCUUCCAUCGCACCUUUCAGUCCGGCUCUACACCCACGCAUAGCCUGCCGCCGCCUUCCCUAAAUGGGGCCCAUUCGACCUCGAGGGACCCAACAAAUGCCCAGGGGCAACAUGCGUACUUAUCGCAAUUUCACGCCCAGGCAGCAUAUCCUGAUGGGGUAUUUGGUAGCAGUGUCGAUAUCACCCAAGAGCAUCGUUUUCCAUAUUGUCUUCCGAGGGUCGACAGUGGUUCCUUGAGAGCUAGCCCUGGCAACUUGCUAGACACCGAAGCCUCAUCGAUUUGCAGUGCAUAUGUGCAUGUCACAAAAGAGGGAAAUGGCCACACCUGGGAUGAGCUUCAGAAAUCAGAGGUGCAGGAUGUUGAUGAACAGAUCAUUGUACCUAUGGAAACGGCUCUUGUUGGCGGCUGGGUCGCCGUGGAGCAAGCACUGAUGUUGGACGUCACUCAGCAAGGCGCAGCGGCCGCUGUCAAUCAAGGGCUGGCGAUCAAAGAAGAACCCGAACUGGAAGAACCGGAAGAACAGCGACGGAAACGGCAGAGAGAGAAUUUGAGGAAACAGACCUCCGAUACCAGGACCAUGCGGGCCUGCAUACGAUGUCAUAACCAGAGAGUGAGGUGUCUUCCCAAUGUGGAUAACCCGAAUGACCCUUUGGCACCUUGCGUCACCUGUCUCAAGGUGCGCAGGGAAUCCAAAAAGACUAUCCAUAACCUCCCGUGUCUUCGUUACAAGCUGGCUUCGGUGGUGUUGCAGCGAGAUGGGGGGCUGGGCUACACGAAGCGAUUUGAUCAUACCCAGUUGAUCAACAUCAGGGCGAACGAUUGGGCAGACAAUCACAUCAAGGUCAUUGAAAUGGCUCAAGGGCUCUGCGAAACGCCAAUGACACUUAAAGUGCGGGCGUUCAGGGCAGUCGAGGGUGAUCAGCUCGUCCGGAAUUUUGUUGGCAGGGAUGGCAUCAGAAUUCCGGCGUACGGUCUCGUGAAUGUGAAGGAACACGGGCGAGCCUUUCAACACUACAUCGCGGCCAAUGCUAUCAAGGGACUGGAAGAUUCGGCCAAGGACUCUGAUGAUCUCGUCAAAGAUAUGUAUUCCAUGAUCGCGGAGCAUCUUCGGCAGUCAUCGGUACGAGAACCCCCACGUUUCAAUCUGGCUGAGUUUCUACUAAAAGCUGUUCGCCUUUGGUUUGCGAUUCGACACCAAACCGGCUCGGCAUGGAUUUGCGGUCAAGAGUCACUGGGGAUGGAAUCGAGGGAGCUGAAGACGAGGUACAUUCCCCGAAUGAUCGUGGCACAGUUUGACAGCAUUCGGUAUCACACGGUAUUCAAGAGCCAGGUGCCACAAUUUCUGAGUAUGUUCGAAAAGAUUCUCAGCUCGGGUCCCGAACUCUGGAAGGAUUCGAAGGAUGCAUGGUUUACGGCCUUUCUGGUUGUGUUCUUGUUUCUCCACAAUGUGGCCUGCAUUUGCAAAGAUCGGUACCGUCAUGCAAAGGAAAACUCGAAAGGGCGGCCUCUGGAGACACGUUACGGCCCAAGAGACCACCCGCUUACAACGUUCGUCGAAGACGUCCAGCAUGGUGCCGGUGUGAUGUUGGCGUACUGGACCUACUUCAAGCGUUGUGAUCUGAUGAAUUUCGAGUGGGAUGCCGAGAGCGUCUCAAAAUCGGCCAUCAAAUAUCUCGAUACUCGCCAGCUUGCAUUUUUGAAGGGGACGAUCGACUGUCUCAAAGACAAAACGACUUCAAUCCCGAGCACGCCACAAGAGGGCUGCUGGGAACAUGAACUGUACUGGAUAUCUCUGAUGUUUGUCUCAGAGCCGUCCAUGACGAACUCAUGGAAGCCCCCCGUUGUCUUUUCGACUGUGAAUCCGAGUGUGGGCAACGAGCAAUGA